AUGCUCAGCUCAAAAUCGUUACUGAAUCUAGUUCGCACGAGUCGUUCCAGAAUGUCGUCCUCGUUUUCGCCGAAGCCAGCCGAGAGAACCGCGGAUCACGCAGCGUCCAUUUGGGUCGAAUUCACCACACUGGCUGCCGAAACCAAAGCCGUCAAUCUUGGGCAAGGAUUUCCGGACAGCCCAGCCCCGAAAUUCGUCACAGAUUUGCUCGAGAACAUUUCAAAGCAGCCCGAACUCACCGCCGCCCACCAGUAUACACGCGGAUAUGGUCAUCCGAUGCUCGUCGACAUCCUCGCCAAGAUGUAUUCUUACUUCUACAAUGUUCAAGUAGAUCCGAUGAACGAAGUGCUUGUCACCGUCGGAGCUUACUUGUCUCUCUACUACGCAUUCUUAGGAUGGGUCAACAAGGGAGAUGAGGUCCUGAUCAUCGAACCAGCCUACGAUUGCUACUACCCACAAGUAAAAUUUGCUGGCGGUGUGCCUGUCCCAAUUGUCAUGAAUCUCGCUGAAGGAGCAACCAGUGCAUCUCAAUUCACCAUUGAUUUUGAUGAUAUGGAGAAGAAGAUUAACAAGAAAACGAAGAUGCUUGUCAUCAAUAACCCCCACAAUCCAACUGGCAAAUUGUUCACCCGCCAAGAACUUGAGAAGCUCGCCGAGAUUGCCAAGAAGCAUAAUUUGAUUGUGAUCGCUGAUGAAGUUUAUGAGUUUCAUGUUUGGCAUAAGAACGACAUGGUUCGCUUUGCCAGCCUCCCUGGCAUGUACGAGCGCACCAUUUCUAUUGGAAGCGCUGGAAAAGCAUUCUCAGUGACUGGAUGGAAAUUGGGAUGGGCUGUUGGACCGAAGCAGUUGCUUGAGCCAUUGAAAGCCAUUCAUCAGAACUGUGUCUUCACAUGCUCGACACCAACGCAAAUGGCGAUUGCUCAGGCAUUCCAGCUUGAUUGGCCAAAGUUCCUCAACGAUCCGAAGAAUUCAUAUCUGGCUACUGGAUUGUCGGAUGAGCUUCGUGACAAGCGUGACAAGCUGGCGAGGAUGCUCGAGGAGGGAAAUUUCCGUCCGAUCAUCCCUGAUGCUGGCUACUUCAUGCUUGCGGAUUACUCGCAUCUUAAAGAAGGACUCAAACUUGUCACCGAGCAGGAUCCCGAUGACUUUGUCUUCUCCAGAUGGUUGUGUCGCGAGAAGAAGCUUGCCGUAAUCCCACCAUCCGCAUUCUACUCAUCGCGUGAACAGAAGGAAAAGAACUGCAACAUGGUUCGCUUGUGCUAUUUCAAAAAGAACGACACGCUCGACGCUGCUGAGGUUAUUCUGAAGAAGCUUGGAAAAGAAUAA